ACUAGACGCAUCUUUAGUUGACGAAUCUCUGUGAUGACGGACAAUUCUUUGUGAAUUUAUAAAAGUAUAUUAUAUUUAGCUUCUAAUAACGAUACAGAGGUCGGCUCUGACACAUAUCGGUCGAAAUGUUCAUCUGGGACUGGCUCACUGGUGUUCUGGGCUACCUUGGUCUGUAUAAGAAGUCGGGGAAGCUGCUCUUCUUGGGCCUGGACAAUGCCGGCAAAACCACACUGCUUCACAUGCUGAAGGACGACCGGAUGGCGCAGCACGUACCCACCCUGCACCCCACGUCUGAGGAGCUCUCCAUCGGUAACAUGCGGUUCACCACGUUCGACCUGGGCGGCCAUCACCAGGCGCGCCGCGUCUGGAAGGACUACUUCCCGGCCGUGGACUCGAUCGUCUUCCUGGUGGACGCCAGCGACCGGCAGCGGCUCACCGAGAGCAAGGCGGAGCUGGACUCGCUGCUGACGGACGAGCAGCUCUCCAACUGCCCGGUGCUGAUCCUGGGGAACAAGAUCGACAAACCGUCUGCGACCUCCGAGGACGAGCUGCGAAACGUGCUGGGACUCUACGGACAGACCACCGGAAAGAUGAAGAUCCCGCGCAGCGACCUGCCCGGCCGGCCGCUGGAGUUGUUCAUGUGCUCGGUGCUGAAGCGGCAGGGAUACGGCGAGGGGUUCCGCUGGCUGGCACAGUACAUCGACUGAGACCCCGGAGCGGCCGCUCCCUCCCCCGGAGUCGGGCCGGAGCGGCCGGAGCCGGGCCGGAGCGGCCGGAGCCGGGCCCGGAGCGGCCGGAGGUGCCGGCAGCUGCCGCGGGCCGGAGCCGGGCCGGAGCGGCCGGAGCCGGGCCCGGAGCAGCCGGAGGUGCGGCCGGCCGGCAGCUGCCCGCGGACCGGCGCCGGGCUGGGUUAGGACUGGUGAGGGCAGGGGACUGAGUGUGUGUGAGGGAGCAGCAGGGGGCCGUCAGUCAGCGGACUGGGAACGCGGUGAGAGGCGCCGGUCCGGGGACUGGAUGGUCGUGGUGUCUGAGUCGGCUGGUGAGGCGGCGAUGGUCGUGGUUCAUUGACUAGGCUAAUCAGUUGACCAGAUCCUUUGUAUUCUGGCUAGGCUCAUCAGCAGGGUCCCUGUUCUCUGAUUGGCUGGUAAUCUGACUGAGAUAUUGGUCGACUGACUAGGCUAGUAGGGUGACUGAGAUAUUGGUCGACUGACUAGGCUAGUAGGGUGACUGAGAUAUUGGUCGACUGACUAGGUUAGCUAGUUGACCGGGGUCUCUGCCUUCUGACUAGGCUGCUGCUCGUUGACGGGGCCGCGGUCCGCUAACUAGGGCCGUGUUCAGCUGUGGCGGGCCGUCCGUCGGCCUCUGCUGGCUGCUGCUGCAGAGCCGUCUGUCCGACUGUCCAGCGCUUGGGCCAGCGCUGAGCUGAUCAGCGGCCACUCGACUGGCCAGCGCUGGUGCAGUGACCGGGACGCCGGUGAGCCGACCGGACGCCGGUGGUGGUGGCUGCUCUGUCCGACUGCGGCGCGGACCGGUCGCCGCUCCCCGCGGUAAAUCACCGGUCCACUGUGCGCUCUCAGUCGCCGCUCCCCGGGGGUAAAUCACCGCUCCACUGUGCCGACUCUGUUGUCGUUAUUUUUACAGGGGCCGCCGGGCUGCCCUCCCAGGGUCGCCCCGGGGGCGGGGGGGGGGGGGGGCGGACGGUCUGACCCGGCAUCCAUGACGCCCCGUUCGCCGUCAAAUUGUCAAUGGCCGCCACUCCCCCGGUCAGCGUGUACCGGUGACAUGCACCCGCCGGGACAGCGGGGAGAAUUCCGACCCGCCCGCCAGGUGGUAAUGCGGCGCGCCGGCGCGUUUUAUCGUUAUUGUCCGCGGUUCUGGUUUAGGCGUGAUAUGUAUAGUGAAAUAUACCCAUAUUCUGUUUAAGUUUACCCCACGGCGCGGCUAGGAAAUUGCGUACCGUAUCUGAUAGCGUCUGGUUAAGUUAUUGCUAAGUGUGACGCACGGGGACUGGUGUGGGACCGUGCAGCUGAUACAGCUGCACUGUGGGGCUAUUUUCUGCUGCACCUCCCAAAUCCACUGUACUCAGCCCCCAGUGACUGUGCAGGCGUCUGUAAACCUCUCCGGACUUUACCGAUCGGUCAUCUGUCCAGCAAUCAAAACUCUCCUCUGUGAACACCCACCGGCCCCGUGCGCGCGUGGGCGCCGCCGCUGUGCGGGCCUGUCGGCCUCCGGUGACGUCACGCGGUGUACUGAUGACGUCACGCGGCCGUGCCGGUGUCCGGGCUCUCAAUACACCUCUGUCUUCGUG